UUUGUUAUGGUUGAAGAAGCCCUAAGAAUACAAUACCCUCUCUCUCUCUCCUCCAUCUCUGCCUCUGUAACUCUUUCGUGCUCUUCAGUCUCUCCAGAAAUGAAAGUUUUUCGAUUUGCCCUGCGAUCUCUCAAUGAUGGUGUAUCACGCCGGUUUUAUCAGCUGCAGAGUGUGAGAAGUCUUUCCACAUAUGUACCCCCAGGUGGUAGAAUGGAUGAUAAGCAGAACUCUAAUUCCUUUGAAUCUGCUGAAGUUUUUGAGGCGAGGAUUUUCAGUGAAACUUCUGAAGGAAAUCCCAAAACAGAGGCCUUUUUUGCUAAACUUAAUAGUCUCCGAAAGACGACUCGUGAUGGACAUGCUUCAAAUCCGCCUGGAGGAAAUGGAAGUGGUUCCCAUGUACUCGACGGCUUAGAUGAAAGUUUUAACACAUUGUCAGAUGGAAUGGAUGGAAAAUUAAAGAGAGCAGCCACGGACAUUCAAUAUGAUAUCGAGGAAGUUGAUACAGAUGGUUAUACCUUCAGACCAGAUAUGAGAUAUCAACUGGGAGGGACUUAUGAUGUUAAAGAUCUUGAUCUUACUAGGCCUGGAGUUCAUAAACCUCCCAGAAAGAUUGAUUUUGAAGUAACUACAAAGGAAGUUCUUCGAAAAGCUGAUUUCAGGAAUGUGAGAUUCCUUGCAAAUUUCAUAACUGAGGCUGGAGUUAUUAUCAAAAGAAGCAAGACUAAGAUUAGCGCCAAGGCCCAGAGAAAGGUUGCGAGAGAAAUUAAGACAGCUCGAGCUUUCGGUUUAAUGCCUUUCACAACGAUGGGGACAAAAUCAUUUGUUUUUGGAAAGACUAUGGAAAAUCUUGGUGAAGACUUCGAAUACGAAAGUUAUGAUAACCCUACAGCUGAUGACGGUCUGGGAUACUAAAAGCUUGCUGUAAGGGGCACGAAUAUGUAGAACAUUUAGUUGACAGUGCAGCUACAAACUGGCCCUACCCUGGAAGAGUACACAAAAAAAGAGAUAGAAAUGAUGGGAAAUAUGGUACUUGGUAAGCUGAAUCCCACUGCCUGUAACUCCAUGUUUUUGUUAUUAUGUAGGUCAUUCAGUUUUCAUUUCUAGUUGGGAAUUCACAGUCAAUGCCAUUUUCCUGAGUAUGUCGAGCUAAUUGGGAUCCAUGUUUUUUUCCCGUUGUCUAGCAUAAGUCUGGAUUAGAGUAUGCCAGUUUGCUGAACUAAGAUGAAUAAAAGCAAUGACAUAGCCAAAGAGCAAUUCUUUGAUUCUAGGGUCAGAACCCAUAUCUGAAUUUGUAUGAACUUCCCUUUUCUUUCCACAGUUUUCCGGUCAUUUUGGAAAAUUAAGUUUAUCCGAGAUUGUGCCCAAGGAAUGAAUGAGUUUUGCCAUUACUAUAAA